CCACGGGGGGAAGGGAGGAGCCACAGUGCCGCUGUUUCUGUAGAGAGAGGCAGAGGCAGCCAGAAGGAGUGUGAGAAAGAGGCAGCAAAGGAGGAUAAAUGAACACGGGGGGUUCUCCCAGCAUCGGUAUGCCUGCCUUCCUGACUUCCACCCCAGACGUAGUUGCUGCUCGUCCGAACUGAAAUAACAGCUGAGGUGUGUUUGUAUGUGUGCGUUUUAAACAUCAGUCAUCCCGCACGCUGCCUUCAUCCCCUCAGCUCCCGGCUCUCUGCUGUGAUCUUACUGCGAAGGACCAGACAGAAACUGAGACAAGAGCAAGCGGAGAUGGAAGAGUGGUGAAGAGAGGGUGAAAGAGCAGCAAGAAAGCAGAGGAGAAGAGAAGGAAGACGACAAGCAGGCUCAAGGACAGGAUCAAAAGGAGAAAUUAUGUGUAAUCUUUCCCGCAAUUUUUGUAUGCAGCACCUGAAACAAAAAUGUGUUUUCACCGGACACGGUGUCUGUGACUCUGUGGACUACAGACAGAUAAGAGAAGCCUUCAAUCUGGGAUUCAUGCAGCUGCAACAGAUGUUGAAGACAUCUCAGACUUUAUAGGGAGUGGAGGCAUUUCAAGCAUAACUUGGACCGGAAUUCCUUCAAAGUCACAUUUUUGUCUAUUUUCUUUUUUGUGCCUUUAGCUGGGAAGUGCGCUUCACUGAAAGAGAACGGACGAGGAAUACCCAUUUGAGUGUGUGUAACCAGUUCUGCCUGUACUGAGGACAAUUCCAGAGGACUUCCUCACCUUUCUUUGUCCUCUCCAUCCUUCCUGCGUUUAAAAUGGUAGAUGGCAGCUGUCUCGUCGUGAAACCGCAGCAUGGAGCUUUUUACUUGGACUGAAACCACACAGCGACUUUCAGAGCCAGCCAGCUACCUGACAAAAUAGUGGGUUCUUGGAUUCAUCGUACCCACAAAGGGCCCCUCAGACACGUAUUCCUGCCCAAGAUGAUGAAUUCCUCCCUGGAUCCACUGAACCAGAGCUCUGCUGACUCAUCAAACUUAUCUGCUCCCUUCUGCUUACUUGAGAUAGGCUAUUCCCAAAUUUUCACCACCUGCCUCCUUGAAGUCUCUAUCAUACUUCUCCUCACUGUGCUCAUUAUUUCCGGUAACCUGGUGGUGAUUUUCGUGUUUCACUGCGCCCCGUUGCUCAGCCAGCACACCACCAGUGCUUUCAUCCAGACAAUGGCAUACGCUGAUCUGCUGGUGGGAGUCAGCUGCCUUUUCCCCUCCCUGUCCCUGCUCCAUCACCUCCAGGGCCUCAACCCCAAACUCACCUGCCAGGUGUUUGGGUACAUGGUGUCUGUUCUAAAAUCCGUUUCCAUGGUGUCUUUAGCGUGUGUGAGUGUAGACCGCUACAUCGCCAUCACACGACCUUUGACUUAUGCAUCCCUGGUGACGCCUUGCCGUGUGCGCUGCUGUAUUGUUCUAAUAUGGCUGUACUCUGCUCUGGUGUUUCUCCCCUCUUUUCUCGGAUGGGGGAAACCUGGUUACCACGGCGAUGUGGUAGAGUGGUGCGCAAAUGAGUGGAGCACUCAUCCGGCUUUCACAACCUUUAUUGUUGCACUGCUCUACGCCCCAGCUGCUCUCACGGUCUGCUUCACCUAUGCCAACAUCUUCAAGAUCUGCCGACAGCACACCCGAGAAAUCAGCGAGCGCCACGCUCGGUACCGGCCCCAACAGCUGCAGGGCCCGGGGACGACUCCGGGAUCUGUGAUCAAGGACAACAGUGCAGUAGAGCAAGGGCAGUUGCCCCACUUGUCCCAACCACAAAAGCCUCAUCACCAGUAUCAGCAGCCCACAUCGACAUACCCAGACAAACGCUACGCGAUGGUGUUGUUUCGCAUCACCAGCGUGUUUUACAUCCUCUGGUUGCCCUACAUCCUCUACUUUCUGUUGGAGAGCGGAGGGAUCUACCAGAGCCCUGCAGCCUCGUUCCUCACCACAUGGCUGGCUAUCAGCAACAGCUUCUGCAACUGUCUCAUUUACAGCCUCUCCAACUCUGCCUUCAGAAAGGGCCUCAAACGCCUCUGCUCCUUCUGUUUACAGAGCAGUAGUGGUGGCUUUGGGGUUAGGAACACCAAAAAGGCUUUCGUUGGUUCUGUUGAAAAGGGGUGUGCAGGGCCGGGAUAUGGAUAUGGCCACGGGGAAGUGGGAAUUGGUACAACAUGUCAUGUGUAGUGCAAAAACAGACAAAGGUGUUGUGCCAAAUUGGCAUUUCAAAUUCCACAAAAUGCUUGGGGAAAUCGCUGUAAAAUGUUGCUAAAAUGUGCUGUAAAGAGAUUGAAGGAGGUGUCGGUCUGGCACUGCUGUUCCCUUCACAUUUGGAGGUCACACAGACAUCCUCUCAGCACAGGUCGCAGCUGGCAAAGACGGAGAAUGACAGUCAAGGACAAAGCAAGAAGGAAAGGAAGGCCUAAAUUUCCCUUCGUGAUGUGUUUCUAAUGGUCAAGGAAACACAGCGUGCUGUGUGUGGACAGGAGUGACAGAUGGAAGGAGCUGGAUGGAAAGGAGGAGAACAAGGCGUCUGUACACGUGAACUCUUUUUAGGAUGAACUAAAUGUUUAUCUGCUGGUUCUUUGGAAGUGAAUCCUUAACUUAUUUUGUUUAAAACAACAAAAUGUUACAAGAAAAGCUGUUUGUGCUGUUUGUGAAUCACUUUGUGUUGAAUGCAACCAAGAAGACAUGAAUGCAAACAGAUCAAGUGACUGACUGCUGUGAUUUAGUGAUGUUGUACUGAGGUGAGAGGCCAAUAGCAAGCUCUUUAAUUUUACUUUUAUCUGCUCUUACCCCCUCAGUAUUGAAUAUUUAAAAAUGAUACAACAGUGUGUUUCGUGUUGUCUCUUGCUAUUGAUUGAUUGAUUGAUCGAUUGACUGAGCUGAGUUUAAAAGAAAUGGAAAGAAAUGGUGUUGGUAGAUCUAGAUCUAGACAACACAUUGUUUUAUAGGUUAUUUGCAUUGACUGAACUGAGAAUGAUUCGUCUGAAGACAAGACAUCUGUUCAUGAACUUUGAAUUUUUAGAUUAUUUAUUGAUGUUGUUGAGAAAAUGUUGUGUCUUUAAUUAAGUUGUGGGUUCACACAAUGCGCCCAUCGUUUAUAAUAUGACCUGCCACCCAGCUUUGGUGUACGACUGUUAACCUGACAUAAAGCAAAUGUAAUUUUUAGUGAAUUUCAAGUAAUAUUUCAGAUCUUUCUCAAUUUCAUUGCACCUUUUUUUUGGAUUGUGUAGCUGAAGUUAUUUUGUAAGUGUUUCCAAGGCAAAGAAAGACCAAGAAAGGAUGUAUUUUUACACUUAUUUUAUACUGAUUGUUGGUACAUCUUUGAGCUGAUUUUUUUUUUUUUUGUAAAGGCUUUUGAUUGAAGGUAAAAAUGUAAAGCAUUUAAUUGGAUAACCCUUUAGCUAUGAUCUUAUUUCUGGCAGAGAGGAAGAGUCUGAUAAGAAAUCAGACGUGUGUGAUUGUAAAGAUUUUACAUUUACGUCAUUGCGCAGAUAAUUACCUUGCUGUAAAUGUAGGUAUACGCCGUAUCGUGACUGCAUUAUUGUGCCUGCAUUUGGGGACUAGUGCACAUGCACACGCACAGAUGCGCACACCAACACAGGAGGAUCACAUGCAAACAGAACAGACAAACAGCCCAUUCACUUUGUCAGGAGGUCGACCUCUGAGCAGCACCAUGAGGCGAGUUUUGACCCCCGAAUUUCUGAGAUUUGCAGUCGCAUGUGCGUGCACAUCUACACGCAUGCACUGAUUGAAGUUUGUUUUUGUCAUCUUGUUUAAUUUUUUUAUAUUUGUAGGUUAAUUUCACCCCUUGAUGCUAAAUACAAAAGAAUCAAGAACGAUAAUUAGCUGAAAUGAAUCCAAGCGUACAUACUCUGAAAAAUGAUUUGUGUCUAUGAAGACUCACGUCACAUGUUUAUUUAGGGGCAAAUAUUCUAGCUUUAUAUAUCUUAUCUAAUCUACCAAAGAAAGUUCAAUAGAUAAUAUUGGAAUAUAAUAUUUUUCUAAAUGUCUAAUAUAUGAAGAUUUAGUAAUAUGCUAGUGGGUUUUACACAAAGUUUGUGUGAAAGGUCCACUGCGCUGUGUUGGCUCAGUGAUGCCUUGUGUGCAUGAUUAUGACUGUUUCUCAGAAUACCGUGACAUAAUGUUGCCUUGAUAUAAAAAUGAACAUGAAGUGUUGGGGGAAAACAUUUUCCGCUAACAACAAGGGAGGGCUUAGUUCGUAGACCCGUGACUGUUUUUAGAGGACAGACUGGCAAUUAUAUGCAUAUUCAGAGCUGUAAAUGUGUAUUAGCCGAACCUCUGACAUUUGAGUCCACAUUAAUUGAACCUGAACCACAUUUGUUGUGCAAAAAUAAUCCAAACCGGGACUGUUAAUUCAGGUCUGCUCCAUAGUUUGUGGUUAUUUUUCCCUCUUCUCUGUAAAACUGAAAAUAAGCAAACACGUGACUCAAAACGGUUUAUUUUUUAAAUUAUUUUGCAUGUAUUUGUUCCUGUGUACCUGACACAUAUGAGUGUGUGUGUGUAGGUAUGUCAGGAAGUGACCAUUGGCUGAAUUUGGACUGUUCAAGGUGUUCUAGCAAGGGUGCUAACAAGAGUUAUCACCUGUCAUUGCUUUCUUAGCGGCACAUUCCUUCCCUCCAGUAUACUGUAUUUUUCUACUGUGUGUGUAUGUGUGAGUGUGACGUACAGUGGUAGAUAGGUUCACAUGUUGUCUUUGAAUAUACUGGCUGUCGUCCGCGCAGCAUUGCCAAAUAUUGUAAUCUUUCCUGUUUGUACCUGAUUUCGUUCCACUAUUUGAACAAUUGCCAGUGUACAGAAAAUGUCGUAUUGAAUGUCUGAUUGUCAAAGUACAGCGAAUUUAUUUUGUACAAUCACUUAAUUUCUUGUCUGUUCUCUUGUGAAGUGAUAGAUGUUGCACAGUCUUGGUAGGUUUAGGAGCAUGCUUACUGAUUGAAAUGACUGAAGUUGUGUCUUUAUAAAUUGAUUUGUAUUUUCUUUUGGGCGUGUCUCUGCUGUAAACGUUGUCAUUUUUAUUUGGAAGGCCGAUGCGGUUCACUUCUUAAAGGAUGUUAAUUCCCACAACAGUUAAUGAUACAGUUCCGUAGAGAAUCUGUAUUGAGGGCAAAGCGUUUAAGGAAACGAUCGUUCCUAAAUGCGCUCACAUUAGUGGCCACGCACCCACAUUCACAUCCUUUUUGUGGAAAAACAAUCGACUUUCAUCCUCUCUAGAAAAUGACACUGGUGACUGUCAGGAACUAUGGUGCCAACAAGAGGAAACAGGGGCGCUAAAUCUGGUCUAGGAAGUCAUGUGUAGCUUAAGUGCAGCCUUUUUCGAUGAAAGAAGGACAAAAAACUGGUGGUGAGCUCAAUAAUCAGUAGGUACAGUUACAACAUUAAUCAGUAAAAUCAGGAAGGCCGUUAACAGGUGAACUGAUAUGUAGGCAUGAAACCAUAAACAAGCAACAGGUGCAAAGAAGGAAGAUUAAAAUGGGCCUCACUUCCAUAACCAGUGUCUACUUUAUUUCCAGAGUCUUUUUAUUGUACACAAUUGCUUUGACUGUAAUGUAAACACAUGAAGAGAUUUAACUUUAUUUUAAACCUUUUACAGUUUAUCCAGAAACGUUAGAGUGCAGCUGCUGCUUAUUUAGCUUCUUCUGGCAUAUCAUUGUGUUGGCAAACAGCUUUAGGUGCAUCACAACUUUUCUUUAGUACCCAGAUGUGUGUCUGUCUUGGGAACAGGCAGAGUCAGAAUAUAGCUGUAAGUAGCUGUAGCUGUUGUCACAUACUGUUGUGACUGUGACGUUCAAAAGCGUAAUUUCUUAUCUUUCUUUAUGAUCAUAAUUAUUAUAUUUUUUAGCUGCGUUACAGUAAGCCUCUGCACUACUUUUCUUAUGUGCCACAUGGUAACAGCAAAUUAUCAGACUGACUUAUAAAGUGACGGCUCGUCUUAUUCUUUUUGCAGAAAAGCCUACUUGUGAGUGUUUAGUGUUGGCAGCUUGGGACCCCAGACUCUGUCUUCGUGUAUACUCGUUGAACAGCAGCUCUACCUUUUGAGGGUUUGUUGUCUUCCCUGUCUUCGUGGGAACAAAUCGUCAACUUUCCAACUGAUUUAAAAUCACAAAUGUUAGGUGAUUCUCUUCUCCACUUAUCUUAUGUGGCCUUUUGCAGCAACAUGUGUGUGUUUUGGCCCUUCAUAUGUCAGCUACACAACCUUCUUCCUGUAGCUGAAUGGGGUUAUUUAGCAGAUUAGGGCCGACCCAAGUUAUCACAAAUUACAUCAGCUUAUCGUCGUUAGGAGAGUAUUUUAUUUUUAAUAAUCAACAAGAUGGCUUUAUCACCCAGCCCGACUCUAAAUAGGCAGAAACAUUAAUGACUGGCUCAUGACACGGCUGUUCUAAGGGGGAGAUCAUUAUCACAUUUCACAUGAAACGGAUCACUGUGUGACUUAACCUUGGUCCUAAAAUAUUCCAAACAAAGGAAUUUCAGUCCGACAAUUUGUUUUUGUCCGCAGUGAAUGCUGAAAAUUUCUCACAGUGAACAAUGGGGUCUUUGUUAGCUCCAGAUUGAGAGCAUGAAGCCAUUACUAUGUUGAAUAAUGACAACACAUGUCAUUUUUUCACAAUGGCGUCGAAUUUAUUUUAAGGUUUCGUGUAAGACGGCUGCUUUUUUACAGAUGGUGAAUGUUGGUCAAACAUGUUUAAGUUUGCUGAAAGCGAGUCUUUUCAUCACGUGAUGCUUUGUAACCUGUAUGGUUUUGUAAGAUGUACACGUUGUGUAUCUGUACCGAGCAAAUAAAUGUGAUAUGGUCUCAGUGUC